UCGUUUACUGUACAGGAUCCGCCGCUUCCUAAAUGACUCACGCGGCGCUGUGGGUGGAGCGUUUUUAAAACAAGACGGACUCCAAAACUGAGUCACUUAAUAACUCAAAACAGCCCGCCGGAGGAACAAGGGUGCCUUUGUGAGGAGAGCCGAGAGCCGCGAGAGAGCUGAGCUGGAAAGCCAAAGGCAGGGAUGGACCUCAGAUUUGUGUGCUGCCUGCUACUUUCGGUGGUUUUGACUGGGAUGACUGUGGCCGACACAAGCACAGAUGGCAAAUGUGACCCAAACUCCUUCUACAGCGAGGACCUGGGUGACUGCGAGAGCUGCACCAUAUGCCAGAAACACCCCAACACCCCAAACUGCAACAGAUGCAGGCAAGAGGACCUCAGUCCCAACGUCUGGAUGACUGUGGCUAUCUGCAGCUUCUGUCUCACCUUCCUCGUCGUCCUCAUCUCCUUUGGCGUAUGGCUGCACUAUUUUCGGAGUAGGAGUCGCAGCACCACACUGAGUGAGCCAAUUGAAGAAACAGCAGGUCCGCUCUAUCAAGGAGCAUAGAUGUUCACUGAGAGCAUCCGCUUACCUUCAAGUGGUGGACCACGUGAAUGUGAACAAAAAAGGUGCAGAUAUUGCUGAAAAUGGAGUAAGAAGCGUCAAACUGAGCUAUUUAAAGAGACUCAAAUCUGGAGCAGCCCUCCCACAAGUUGUUCAGAACUGAGUGUUUUGCCGAGGAGCCACUUGCGGCAGCUGUUUUAAGUUGCUGAGGUAAGAGGAGUCGUGAAAAGCAAAUGUCCCGUUAAGUUCUUUUCAGGCCCCCCCUCCCCCAGAUCAUCUUGAAAUGGGCCAAAGGAGAAUGUCUAUGGGUGAUCCACAUCCAGCGGAAAAUACGUUUGUUUUUGUUUUUUUGUUACUUUAUGGACUACCUCCUGUCAUCAUCCUGCCUUACAAAAUCAACUUUUUUUACUUGCCUUUGAUUGUAUUGGGGCCGUUUUGGAUCCAAAAACCAAAAACCUUGGAACUUCAGAAUAAUUUGGGACAUGCUUAAACUAUCCGCCUGUGAUCUGAACUGUGGCUGAAAGUGUAAAACCAUCUUGAACGUCAACAUAUACUGUAUGACAGGAAACAACAAAAUCAUGAUGGAGUCAGAGGCUUUUGGCGACAGAGGUGGCCUCCUAAGGUGCUGUCAUCAAUGGGGGGCGCCAUUUUUGAAAGUUAAGUGGUAUACGCUCUGGACACCGAGAGGAACAUCUGUCCAUCCCACCUAGGGCUCCAAAUGGGCUUCGACUGUCACUGAAUUGAGAUAAUCCAGCGUGAAGAUGGUCAGCCAAUCUUUCUAUGGUGCUCACCUUGACUAGGUACACAUUACAUUACAGCAGACCUUUCCUGCAAUCCCAUUCGGCCAGCAGUUGGAAUGUUCCAAAUCACCCAACGGGGAGAAGAGUCAUCCAGAUGAAAAUGAGACAGUUCCAGAUUUAUCCAUCUGACAUGGCACAAAAGGUCCUCAGGUAUCCAGACUGACCUCUUAUGUAUCCAGGACAAUAUAGUAGUAAAGGGUUUCAUCUUUUAAACAGACAAUUUGACCUUCCUGAAACACAACCCAUCUGAAUCCAAUCUGAAGCCCAUUUUCUUUUUCCGAAUGAGCUCAUUGGAAGCUGAAUCCAGUGGGAUAAUUCAGUUUCGAAAAAAGGACAAUGCUUGCCAAAUCCAACUUGGAAUCGUGACGGAUGUGACAGAGAGUUCCAGAACAUCAGGGCCAUGAAUACAGCUAUCGUAAAAUCAGUGGAUUUACAACCAGUCGGCUCAGAUCAAUCUGAUUGUGGAAUUAUUUUGGACUUCUUUUAAUCUGAUAUCGUCCAUCCUGCAAUGACCUGACUAGAUUGAGGUUCGUCAUUCAGAUCAGGUAAAUCUAGACAUCAUUGAUCUGAAAUGCAGGCACUAGAGACAAUUUGGGAGAAGAUGUUGGCACCCCAAUUCCAUUUUGUCACUCUAUAUAUUUUUUAAAUGUGGCAUGCACGUAAUAGGGACUCUCCUCCCUGGUGGAGUGUAUGGAGCUCAGUUAGUCCCUUGUGGAGGUGUUUUCACCUCUCUGUUUGGACCUUCAAGACCAUACAACAUGUCGUAGUCUUCCUUGUAAGCUUAUUUAUUCCCUCUUCUCACCAGAAUACCCCUAACUUGUCCUUUAAAGGCAACUCUUCAGCUCCCCUCAAACGAGGCCCUGGGUUCUGCUGCCUGCUUUGCCUCCUCAGGUGAAGUCCCUUAGGAGAACCUGGACCUUUCAGCUCAGGAUCAAUCGAUCAAGAUGACGUUUAUGAAUAUUAUGGCAGUGUUGAAGCUGCCCGCCCAGGCUAGUAGUGGAAGAAGCCACGAUGCACUCCACGCUGCUGGAUGAGGAGGCACGCUUAUCUAACACAUUACUGCUGACACUUCGGUUUUGCUCUCCACGAGAAGAUGUCUGGUCUACUUUCAUCCUGCCCAGAUUGGGCUUCUCCGCCUACAAAAGGCAACAACUCGAAAACGGGUUUCAGUGCCGGAGGCGGGCGAUGGGACCGACGAUCUGACUGAGUCAUCCAAUCCGGUGACACACUUAUGUCACGUAGAAGAACUGCUCGUUCCUUGAGGGAACACUACUGUAAAACAGAAGCUGGGCUGAGCACACUGAGCACUUGUUUGCUCAAAGCAUUAUUAUAGCUGAGAUAAUCUAUAUUAAUUUAUUUUAGGAUUUUAUUUUAUUGUUUGUUUUUAAGUCUUCUUAAAUUAAAGGUCGGGGUGUCAUGCUG